UGCAUUACAUAAGCAUCAAAUUCAUACAAAAGAUUUCAUUAAACAUUUAUACUUGUACAAACUAUAACAUCCGGCCUUCGUUGGAACGCAGAGAAGAAAAAUGGCUCAAUAUGGAUUUCAAUCUUCCCUGCUGCUGCUGAUGAGUAUGAUGCUAGCCGUAGCCGUAGCCAGAAUAUCACCGACUCCCUACAAUCCACCAACCCUCGCCCUUUUCGAGAAAUUAGAUCCAAAGGCUCCUGAAGUUGUUGAUGCCGGGAAAUUCGCAAUCCAGGAGCACAACAGGAUUGAUAGCACCAACCUCCAAUUCAGGGAGGUAGCUAGGGCUCAACAAGAGCUGGUUUCGGCCGGCGCCGAUUUAAGUCUUGUUAUUGGCGCAGAUAAGGAAAACGGCGAUGUUGCAUACUUUCUGGCUCAUGUUCUUCGCGCGCUCGACGCCACUAAAACACUUGAAUCCUUCGUGGAGUUGCAUUUGGCCUAGACAAUCGGCUUCAUUUGUUUCAUGAUUGUUUGUGUUCGAAAAUUUCUGCUUUUGGAAAAGAAACUAAGAAAGGAAAUUAAUUUGGUGUGCAUUGCGCCUUAAACUUCCUACUUUAGUAAUAAAUAUAAUAUGUUCUAUUUGUUUGAUUACAUUCCUCAAAAAUGAAUUUCUUGUGCGUUACAUUGUUAAUAUUCUUUAUCAUUCUCAUGAUCUCAUCCGAAUGUAAC